AUGAUGGGAAAGCGCAGUAUAGAAUCAUUUGAGGUCAGGUCUACCACUGUUGGUAACGACUUAAUCAAAGAUUUAUGGUGCCAUCCCUACUUUAGCUUGGAGGACGUUACAUAG